CAUUUUAGAGGCAUAACUCUGUCUUAACUCUUAAACGCCAUCAGCAAGCCUCCAGCCACCAUUUUUGUGCAUUCGGAUGAGCAAUCAGGAGCGCGCCAGAAAACUUAACGAGCAGGUUACAGCCGUCCUCGGUGGGGUCUGGGAAGCCGUCUGGAUUUAGGGCCGAUGGCGACUGCGUCAGUCGGGCUCCACCCAGGUGGAGACGCUCCGAGGCUGGCUUUCUUUUUUAAAGAGCAAACUAUAGAACUAGCUUUGCCCGGAAGAGUAACGUGCGCUGUCCCUUCGCGAAGCCACGCUCGUACCGGGGAGAGUCGGGGAGUAGGCGCCCAGCGGCGGGCCCCGCCCAGGACGCCGCCUUCCGGGCUACUCUCUGCGCACGCGCCUCCUGGAAGCGCCGGGCCGCGGGCGGGGCGCGGUGGUGACGUCACUGCGCGCGCCGCGUGCUGGGCCAGCGGGAUGGCGGCCGCCCGGGAGGCUCCGGUAGAGGAUCCGCUGCAAAACUUCGUGCGGGUGCUGGAGAAGCGAGAUGGCACGGAGUUGCGCCUCCAGCAGUACGGCUCCGGCGGCGUGGGCUGCGUGGUGUGGGACGCCGCCAUCGUCCUCUGUAAAUACCUGGAGACGCCCGGGUUCUCCGGCGAGGGCGCCCACGCGCUGAGCCGGCGGUCGGUGCUGGAGCUGGGCUCGGGCACGGGGGCCGUGGGGCUCAUGGCCGCCACACUCGGGGCGGACGUCGUAGUCACCGAUCUGGAGGAGUUGCAAGACUUGCUGAAGAGGAACAUUAACAUGAACAAGCAUCUCGUCACCGGUUCUGUUCAAGCCAAGGUACUGAAAUGGGGGGAAGAAACAGAAGACUUUCCUUCUCCUCCGGACUACAUACUGAUGGCCGACUGCAUAUACUACGAGGAGUCUUUGGAGCCGUUGUUGAAAACUCUAAAAGAUCUCAGUGGAUCUGAGACUUGUAUUAUAUGUUGUUAUGAACAAAGAACGAUGGGAAAAAAUCCAGAAAUCGAGAGAAAAUAUUUUGAGCUCCUUCAACUAGACUUUGACUUUGAAAAAAUUCCUUUGGAAAAACAUGAUGAGGAAUAUCGAAGCGAAGAUAUUCAUAUUUUAUACAUCAGAAAGAAAAAAUCGAAAUUUCCAUCGUGAAAACUUUAAUCAUCUCACCCAAGCCUCUAACAACCUGGGUAAGCUAAAGAUGUGAAUGGAGCAUGUGAAAACAGCAUGGGAAGAUUGCGUUCACAGAUUUUUUCCAGCAUGUCCUUCGAGACCCGCUAUAUAGACGACGACCACCACGGGCUGGCUGUGAUAGGAAGAUGCCUGCGGGCCUGAAAUCCGGCUUCAUUUACUUUUAGCUCGGCAUCAAGUUCUGUCUGAAAGCAGCACUGUAUGUCAGUCCCUCCUCAAAUAAAAUCGGUGUUGAGGUGAGCCUGAAGUCUGCCAGAGGCCAGCGGAGAAGCGGGGUUGACCUGCCGCUUCCUCAGCAAACUAGAGAUAAAUUGAUCGAUCUCUAAAGGGUUGUCUAUUACUACGUAACAAUGUUUAAACUCAAACCAGUACAUUUUAGUUUGUCUUCAAGAUAGAUACAUUUAAAAGGGGGUUUUCAUUGUAACGUAAUUAUGCGGUGGUUUUGUCAUAUGUAUCUUCCACUUCAUUACUUUUAAGAUAGCUUUAAUAUUUAAGGGUUCUUUUACUUAAGAAAUACUGAAAAUAUUGUUUUGUGUACUUACGUUGGCCACAGUUUUCUUUUCCUCCACCAUGCAUGUCUCUGUGAGUUAGAGAGUCAGUGAUACUGGGUGCGUUGGGAAGACUGAAAGUGAAAUCAGGAGGUCGGGAGGGGGCCGAGGUAGGUUUACAAGAUUUUUAUUUGAGAAAGGAGUGAGAACAAAAGCCCCGUUUCAGGCUCGUGCACUUGUGUGGCUCAUGCACUUUCCCUCGUGUAUAUCUUCCAGGAAAGUGGGGCUGAAAUCUCUGGUGUUAACUGGUUUACGUGAAACAGAGAAAGGUUUUUAAAUAACUGAAAUGUGGUUCUGUACACAUUCACCAAAUGAUUUGGAUUCUGUGUAGUCUGUUUUAGGUGUGAUAAUCUGCGCACAGGCUGGUCUGUCAGGGACUUGAGUCUCGCUGGUUCUGAAGAGGAGUGGAACCUGGACGGAAUUCUUGUGCUCACAGGCGCGGGUGCAUGGUGGUGGCACGUUUUAUGUGUUAAAAUAAACAUCGUUUUUGAGA